CAUGCAGCUUCAUAGCACGAAGAAGAGUUCGAGCAAAACACGGAAAAGCCUGCUAAAUAGCUGGCAAAAUGAGCGAAGCGGUAGAUGGAAUAUUUAUUUGAUUAAAAAAACUGAUUCUUUUAACUUCAGAAUGUUUGGGAGCAAGUCCUACCAGCUACUUCCUCAGAGUGAGUCGAGCACAUUGAAGACUCCUGGACUGUUUGUGUCCGUCGACAGCUUCUCACAGCACGGCUACCACACCAAGGGGCUAUCGUUCGAUUACAUCCCCAAUGUUUCUGAAAACGACUUCAGUGAUAGUUCCCAGGGCUGGCUAUCAUUGAUUUGCAAUCUAAUUGUCAUCUUCCUCGUACACAUCUGCACUUUUAUAACCUUUCCUAUUACGGGAUGGUUUGUACUAAAGACAGUGCCAAACUACGAGAGGAUAGUAGUCUUUCGCCUGGGUCGUGUCUGUCCUCCAAAGGGUCCUGGUAUUGUCCUGGUGCUGCCCCUCAUUGACCAGUGGCAGCGGGUAGACCUGCGCACCCGUGCCUUCAAUAUACCUCCAUGCCAGGUGAAUACCAGGGAUGGCGGCCUCUUGUCUGUAGGAGCAGACAUUCAGUUCAGAAUCUGGAACCCAGUCUUGUCAGUGGUGUCAGUCCAGGACCUGAAUGCCUCCACCAGAAUGACAGCACAGAACGCUUUAACUCAUAGCCUGGCCAAGAAGACGAUUAGAGAGAUCCAAACGGAGAGAAUGAAACUGGGAGAAUAUCUGGCUACGGACAUAAAUGAGAUGACUCGACCAUGGGGGCUGGAGAUAGACAGGGUAGAACUUACCCCUGGAUCUCUUCUCAAAUCACCAGGGGAUGCACCCUCCGGACCCCUCAUUGUUCCUCCCUCUGUACCAGGCAUGGAGGGUCUCACAGGCCCGCUUCAGCAGCUUGCCAUGCAUUUUAUCAGCCACAGCUCGCAAUCUCAGCAAGAGAGCAGUGUCACCUUUAUAGAUGAGAAGAAAGCAAGCUCUGUUGAAGAGCUGCUCCACAGGGUCAAACUUGUCCUCUCUGAAGCUUUGGUGAACCAGGUGGGCGCCUGCUUCCAGUUUGACAUCAGCUCAGACGAUGGACAGCAUCACAGCUACUAUGUGGACUUGAGCCAAGGCCGCGGGGCUGCUGGAGAGGGGUCCCUGUGCCGAGAGCCUGAUGUAACACUGGCUAUGUGCAAGGACGACCUUCUGGCCAUGUUCUCUGGCACGCUGCUACCGUUAUCUGCCUACAGCAGUGGUCGACUUCAAAUUGAGGGGGAUAUGAGGACGGCUAUGAAGUUGGAGGAACUCAUAAAGCUGCUUCAGAAAUAAAAUUUGAAUAUGUUAUUUAUUGAAUGUUAAGUUGAUGUGAAAGCAUUUUACUUGCAUUGCAUGUUUACUAUAAAUAAUUUUUUCCUUUA